AUGUCCAAGGAAGUUAUUGUGUAUAAUAUUUCAGCAUCUGCUUCUGAAAAAACGGUUAAGGAUUUUUUCUUAUUCUGUGGCAAGAUUAAGGAGUUUAACCUUGUAAAGGAAGAAAAUAGCAAUAAAAAAAUUGCCUAUAUUACAUUUGAACGCGAAACUGCUGCAAAAACUGCUUUAAUGUUAACUAAUGCCGUCAUUGGUAACUCUCAAAUAAUUAUCAAAUCCGCUCAUGAUGACACACAUCUAGAGGAUAAG